AUGAGCAUCCGCCACAAGCCCGAUCAGGACGUCCGCUUCGAACUCACGGUGCGUCGGAAGCAUCCAAAGUCUUCGCUCUCGAUGGAAGCGGCCUCUUGGACCCAGAGCCGACCGUUUAACGACUACUAUACGCUUCGCAAGAACCUCCUUCGCGAGCUGCAACCAGGACACAGCUGUUCAGCAGAGUGCAAAUGGCUCUACAGUGUCGUGAAGCAGCAUUUCCCAAAGACGCAGCCGAAAUUUGCUCCUUGCGCGUUCAAAACCGAUCGACAGAGAGUAGCUCUGCUCCGAGCGCUGACCACGAUCCAGUCGACGUUAGUGACCCAUGGUAAUCGUGGCUGCAAGGUGUUGAUGGGAGGCGUGCUGAACACCUUCUCGGCGUUCCUCGCAUGUGACCGCACGUCCCUUUCGCGAGCGUCCCUUGCGCUGCCAGUGCCCUACCGUCAGGGGCUAAUCAGUCUUCCUAAUAGUUUGGGUAGAAAACUGGCGAGUCUUCGAACUCUCUCGCGUGGCCGCAGAUAG